UCCUCCCAGUCUUCAUCUUCUCCUUCAUUCGCCGCCGGUCAAAGAUUUCCACCACGCGCCGGUCAGUCGCAGUCGCCGAUCCUGCAGCCACCGACCGUAAACACUUCCCUCGAGCAACUUAUGAAUCCAUUGAAAUUAGCGUAGUUAGGUUUCAACCUGUGUAAGUCCACCAAAUAGCGUGCUGGAAACCGGAUUUUGAAAUUCGUUUUUCGUCUCUUUCGCUCCGCAUCUUCUAUUCAGUAAUGGCUCCCAAAGUGCUCAUGGUUGCAGAAAAACCGAGUAUAGCUUUGUCUAUCGCCACAGUUCUUUCUGGCGGUCAGUUAUCUUCACGAAGGGGUAGUACCGAUGUUCAUGAAUUUGAUGGGACAUUUAUGGGAUCUCAUGCUAGGUUUAAAGUAACGUCAGUAAUUGGGCAUGUUUUCAGUGUAGAUUUUACUGAAGCCUAUAAAGAUUGGUCUGCUACUGAUCCCAUUGAUCUCUUUGACGCUCCUGUUCGUAGGAUGGAAGCAAAUCCAAAGGCUAAUAUACAAAGGCAUUUAAGCCAAGAAGCCCGUGGAUAUACGCAUCUGAUAUUGUGGUUGGAUUGUGACCGCGAGGGAGAAAAUAUAUGUUUUGAAGUUAUUGAGUGCACAGGAUUCUAUUCAAAGGAAGGCAGAAUUUUGCGUGCACGCUUUUCUUCUGUAACAAAGACAGACAUUUUGAAGGCUAUGAAUAAUCUUGUUGAACCUAAUCGAGAUGAGGCAUUGGCUGUUGAUGCUCGGCAAGAGAUAGAUUUGAAAGUUGGAGUUGCAUUUACUAGAUUCCAGACUAAUUUUUUCCAAGGAAAAUAUGGGAACCUUGAUUCUAGGGUUAUCUCAUAUGGACCAUGCCAAACACCUACACUUGGAUUUUGUGUUCAGCGUUACCUGCAAAUUAAUACAUUUAAGCCGGAGAAGUUCUGGGCUGUGCGUCCAUUCAUUAUUCGAAAUGGUUACGAGCUUAAGUUAGAUUGGGAGCGUAAUAGAUUGUUUGAUAGAGAUGUUGUGGAGAUGUUCCACAAGUUGGUGGAGGAAGACAGAAUGGUUGAAGUAGUCAGUGUUUCAGAAAAGAAAGAGACAAAAAAUAGGCCACCUGGUCUUAAUACAGUGAAUCUAUUGAAGGUGGCUUCAAGUGCAUUGGGGUUAGGACCACAAUUGGCUAUGCAAAUUGCUGAACGCUUGUAUACUCAAGGUUUCAUCAGCUAUCCACGUACAGAGAGCACUGCAUACCCAUCUUCGUUCGACUUCAGGGGCACACUUGGAGCCCUAAAAAGUAAUCCAGCCUGGGGUAGCUAUUCACAGACUUUGCUAGCCAGUGGUUAUGCCAAGCCACGGUUGGGAACUGAUGCGGGUGACCACCCUCCCAUAACUCCUAUGCUUUCAGCUACAGAAGACAUGCUUGGUAAUGAUGCUUGGAGACUGUAUCAGUAUGUCUGCCAACAUUUCUUGGGGACCCUUUCACCUGAUUGCAAAUUUUUAAGGACAAGAAUUGAUUUUUCAGUUGCUCGGGAAUCAUUCCAUUGUGUAGGGUUACGUACUAUAGAAGCGGGAUUUACCUCCAUCAUGCCAUGGUUGGCAGUAAAUGAGAAUAAUCUACCUCAGUUUACAAAAGGGGAGAAAAUAGAAAUCCAAAAUGUUGAACUCUAUGAGGGAACUACUUCAGCCCCAGAUUACCUUACUGAGAGUGAACUGAUUUCUCUAAUGGAGAAGCAUGGAAUUGGUACAGAUGCAUCUAUUCCGGUGCAUAUAAACAAUAUAUGUGAAAGAAACUAUGUUCAGGUACAAGCCGGUAGGAAACUGGUUCCAACUGCAUUAGGUAUCAGCCUAAUAAGAGGAUAUCAGUGUAUUGAUCCUGACCUAUGUUUGCCCGACAUUAGAAGUUUUAUAGAGCAACAGAUCACGCUUGUUGCCAAAGGUGAAGCAGAUCAUUCUCAUGUUGUGCAGCAUGUUAUACAACAAUUCAGAAGGAAGUUCAGCUAUUUCGUUAAGCAGAUUGACAACAUGGAUGCAUUAUUCGAAGCACAAUUUUCUCCACUCUCGGAAUCUGGACGUUUGCUUAGUAAAUGUGGGAAGUGCUUGCGUUACAUGAAGUACAUCUCAAGCCAGCCAGCCCGAUUAUAUUGUAACACAUGUGAGGAAGUAUAUUACGUUCCCCAAAAAGGUGCAAUCAAGCUGUACAAGGAACUAAGUUGCCCCUUGGACAACUUUCAGCUUCUACUAUUCUCCAUGCCCGGACCAGAAGGCAAGACAUUUCCUUUCUGCCCUUACUGUUACAACAGCCCUCCUUUCGAAGGCGUAGAUGUAUUAUACGGCCUUUCAAAAACCAGCAAUUCAGGAAAAUUAGGAAAAGGAGCCGGCAUGCCUUGUUCCCUAUGCCCUCAUCCGACAUGUCCCCAUUCCGUCGUUUCUCAAGGAGUUUGUGCUUGUCCUGAAUGUAGUGGGACACUUGUGCUUGACCCAGUUAGUGCCCCUAAUUGGAGGCUUCUUUGCAACAUGUGCAAUUCCGUUGUACUUCUUCCUAAAGGCGCUCAUAAGAUUUCCACCACACAAGAACGUUGUUCCGAAUGCGAGUCUAUGAUAAUCGAGGUUGAUUUCAACAAGAAAACGACGCCGUUGUCUGAUGGUACGACUUUGCACGUUGGAUGCAUUUUGUGCGAUGAAUUGUUACAUUCGCUUGUGGAGAUGAAACACGGGAGAUCUUUCUCUAGGCGCGGGAGAGGAAGAGGAAGGGGUAGAGGAAGGGGACGGGGUUUUAGGAAGGAUGAAGAUCCGAAAAUGAGUUUUCGAGGUUUUUAGUAGCAAGCAAUACAGUAAUUUGGUUUUCGA